AUGACUUUAAUCGAGCAUCCAGAAACACAGCCUAAGUGGUGGAAAGAAGCGACCAUUUAUCAAAUCUACCCAGCAAGCUUUAAAGACACCAACGAUGACGGGUGGGGAGACUUGAAGGGUAUUACUUCUAAGUUGAAGUACUUGAAGAGUAUCGGUGUUGACGCUAUCUGGGUAUGUCCAUUCUACGACUCUCCUCAACAAGAUAUGGGAUAUGACAUUUCAGAUUACGAAAAAGUGUGGCCCACGUAUGGUACCAAUGAGGACUGCUUUGAAUUGAUAGAGAAAGCACACGAGCUUGGAAUGAAGUUCAUUACCGAUCUCGUCAUAAACCACUGUUCUACUGAACAUGAAUGGUUCAAGGAAAGUAGAUCCUCGAAGACUAGUCCAAAGCGCGAUUGGUUCUUCUGGCGUCCGCCAAAAGGAUAUGACAGCGAAGGCCGCCCCAUUCCACCUAACAAUUGGAGAUCAUUUUUUGGUGGCUCUGCCUGGACCUUUGACGAGGAGAACGGUGAAUUUUUCUUGCGUUUGUUCGCCUCCCGUCAACCAGAUCUAAACUGGGACAAUGACGAGUGCAGAAUGGCUAUCUAUGAAAGCGCAGUUGGUUUCUGGCUAGAUCACGGAGUUGACGGGUUUCGGAUCGACACCGCCGGCCUGUAUUCAAAGCGGCCGGGCCUACCAGACUCUCCAAUUUUCAACAGUAAGGAAGAAUUCCAGCACGCUAACUGGGGUUCACACAACGGUGCUAGGAUCCAUGAAUUUCACCAAGAGCUACGCAAGUUUAUCGACAAUAGGGUGAAAGACGGCAGAGAGAUUAUGACGGUAGGCGAGGUGGCUCAUGGGAACGACAAUGCCCUGUAUACGAGCGCGGCCAGGGGCGAAAUGAGCGAGGUUUUUGCCUUUAACCAUGUCGACAUUGGAUCUAGCCCUCACUUCCGCUAUGAUGCAGUGCCCUUCACUUUGAAAGAAUUUAAGGAGGCAAUUGCGGCUAGCUUUUUGUUUGUCAAUGGUACCGACACUUGGUCCACCAUUUACCUUGAAAAUCAUGAUCAACCCCGCUCUAUCACGAGAUUUGGUAGCGACUCUCCCAAGUAUCGGAACUUGUCAGGCAAACUCUUGGCAUUGUUGGAGACUUCGCUUACAGGAACUUUGUAUGUUUAUCAAGGUCAAGAAUUGGGCCAGAUUAAUGUGAAGGACUGGCCUAUUGAGAAGUUUGAGGACAUCGAUGUCAGGAAUAACUACGAGAUAAUCAAGGCAAGAUAUGGCGAAUCGUCAACAGAACUACAAUCAUUUUUGAACGGAAUUGCUAUGUUGUCACGGGAUCACUCUCGGAACCCCAUGCCUUGGUCAUCGGAAGGGCCCAACGCUGAUUUCUGUUCGUCAAAGGCUAAUCCAUGGUUUUCCCUGAAUGAAUCGUUUGAACAAGGCAUCAAUGUUGCAUCUGAGGAAAGUGAUCCUGAUUCUGUUUUGAACUUUUGGAGAAAGGCUUUGGCAACGAGGAAACAACACAAAAAUGUCAUGGUUUAUGGAUACGACUUUGAGUUCAUUAAAUUGGAAGACGAGAAGCUCUUUAGCUUUACAAAGCGAUUCGAGGAUAAAAGGUUAUUUGCUGCUUUGAACUUUAGUGAUGAUGAGAUCGAGUUUAGCAGUCCACAGAAUAGCUCUUCUCUAACGCUUCUCUUAGGAAACUAUGGUAACAUCGAGCAAGCCUCAAAUACCUUGAGACCAUGGGAAGGAAGACUGUACUACAUAGACUAA